CUUACUGUAGUGUGAUUCGGAUUCGACGUUCCCUCGUUAGUAUCCUCGAGAUCUACUUCAGCACUUUACAACUUCAUGCUGCGAAAACUAUACAGGCCAGACCCGCGCAGCAUCGAGGCAGGGCUACCUGGCACCUGAUGCAGUCCCGCGACGUUGUUUGGAAAUGCCGAAAGGCUGGCUGCAUGGCGAUAUUGAAAUCUCGGGUACCUCAACGCCGUGGGUGUCCGGCGGUACGGCGGUGGAGCCUGCGUCGAACACUUCCACUUCCACUUCCACACUCCACCGCCCAUCGUCCACAUUUAGACAGCCGUCACUGGCUUGCGGCCUUGCACACGCAUGACGAAGGAAG